AUGGAUCAAGUAUCGUCUAAAGUGAUACACGAUGUUAGUGGUCAGAAGAAACUUAUUAGUUUCAAUCCAAUCCAGGGCCGAAUCACAACUCAAACAGUCCGGGAUGAAGAAGAAUAUAUGGAGCAUCUGGGAAAAAUAAUACAACGGGAUUUUUUCCCCAGCCUUACCGCAAACGAAGAAAAGGGAGCUGAUGAUGAAUCCAGUGAGCUUAAAGAUAGAGGUGGACUUCGCACCGAUUCUCAUAACCCUGAAAAGAGUAGACAUUGA